AACAAGCUCCAGAGCCACUUGGAGCCUCUGAAGAAGAAGUUGGACACAAUAAUGAAGCAAAAAUCCCACGAGGAGGAGAAAAUCACAGAGUUGAGGAACAAGCUCCAGAGCCACUUGGAGCCCCUGAAGAAGAAGUUGGACACAAUAAUGAAGCAAAAAUCCCACGAGGAGGAGAAAAUCACAGAGUUGAGGGACAAGAUGAAGCUGGAGAUGAAGGAGCUGGAGUCAGACUUUGAGCUGCUCCACCAGUUCCUGAUUGGGGAGCAGGUUCUGCUGCUGCACCAGCUGGAGGAACGUUAUGAGACCCUCCUGGCCAGGCAGGGCAGCAACGUCAGGCAGCUGGAGGCCCAGGGAGCUGCCCUGGGGAGAUCUGGAGGGGCUGACGUCACCCUGGACCCGGCCACCGCCCACCCCCGCCUCAGCCUCUCCCUGGACCGGCGCAGCGUGAGGCUCUCGGAGCGGCGCCCGGAGCCGCCGGAAAACCCCAAACGCGGCGACCUCGGGGGCGAUUAUUGCGUCCUGGGGGCCGAAGGUUUCACUUCCGGCCGCCAUUACUGGGAGGUGGAAGUGGGAGGGAAGAGAGGUUGGGCCGUUGGGGCAGCCCGAGAAACGGGGAGGGGGAAGAAGGAGAAGAGCCCGGGGCCUCCAGAGAAGAGGGAGGUUUGGUGCGUUGGGACCAACGGGAAGAAGUACCAAGCGGUGACGGCGACGGAGCAAACGGCCUUGACCCCCAACGAGAGGCCCCGGCGUUUUGGGGUCUACCUGGACUAUGAGAGGGGCCAACUGGGCUUCUACAACGCCGAGAGCAUGAGCCACAUCCACACCUUCAACGCCUCCUUCCACGAGAGGAUCUUCCCCUUCUUCAGGAUCUUGGCCAAGGGGACGCGCAUCAAGAUCUGCACCUGA